UCCGAGCGGUCCCCUUCUGGCUGUUUGACAAUGGUUUACAUCGCUUUUAGCUGACAUUUAUCCUGACAGUGAGAGAAAACUUGGUGCCUUUCGUGCGUAGAAGACUAUUAUCGGGGUUCCAACAUGGCGGGGCCGCUGCUGGAGUUUGAGACUGAGAUGUUUCUCAGUUUGUUCAGCUGUGACGGGCUGCUAGUGGCGGCGGAGGGGAUGGGGAUAGACCGCGUCCUGCUGCAGUUCAUGCGGGUUUACUCUGAGCAGGGCAGCCUGGUCCUCCUGCUCAACACAACCACACCUGAACAGGAGUAUUUCACGGAGCAGUUGCGGAUGGAGGGUGUGAGCCACCUGCCCAGGACAGUGACCAGCGAUGUCCAGAGCACGGAGCGCUAUAAUGUUUAUACUGAGGGAGGAGUGCUGUUUGUCACCAGCAGGAUCCUGGUGGUCGACUUCCUCACUGACCGCAUCCCCGCUCAUCUCAUAUCAGGCAUCCUGGUGUAUCGUGCCCAUAAAAUCAUUGAGUCGUGUCAGGAGGCUUUCAUCCUUCGUCUGUUCAGGCAGAAGAACAAGACAGGCUUCAUUAAAGCCUUCACUGACAAGGCCACAUCCUUCUCCUCAGGCUUCUGCCAGGUGGAGCGCGUGAUGAGGAACCUCUUUGUUAAGAAGCUCUACCUGUGGCCCAGGUUCCAAGCAUCAGUAAACACAGCACUGGACAGACAUAAGCCAGAGGUGGUGGAGCUUCAUGUGUCAUUGACACCAGCCAUGAGGGCCAUUCAGAGCUCCAUCCUGGACAUUAUGAGCGCCUGUCUGAAGGAGCUGAAACGCUACAACCCCACCCUGGAGGUUGAGGACCUCUCACUGGAGAACACACUAGGAAAUGCUUUUGAAAAGACCAUCCGUCACUACCUGGAUCCACUGUGGCACCAGCUGGGAGCCAAGACCAAGGCUCUGGUCCAGGACCUUAAGGUGCUGAGGGUUCUCCUGCUCUACCUCACCCAGUACGACUGUGUCACCUUCCUCAAUCUGCUCGAGUCUCUGCGCUCCAGCCAAAAAAUCUUUGGGUCCAAUUCAGGGUGGCUGUUCCUGGACUCCAGCACCUCCAUGUUUAUGAACGCCAGGAGUCGAGUGUACUGCAUCAAUGAGAGCAAGAAGAGAGUCAAAUUGGGAGCAGAGGCUGAGAAGCAGAAGUUACCUUCUGCCUCAGAGGUGAAACGUGACCUGGUGCUGGAGAGGAGCCCAAAGUGGGAUGCUCUGACUGAGGUGCUGCAGGAGAUUGAGAGGGAGAACAAGAGCUCUCAGCAUGAACCAGGUCAUGUGCUGAUCUGUGCCAGUGAUGACCGGACUUGUGCCCAGCUGCAGCAGUACAUCAGGCACGGCUCUGAUUGGCUGCUCAACAGACUAUACACUCGCACAAUUGGUAAACAGGACGCCUCUGCAGCCGCUGCAGCUGCUGCAGCCGCUGCCUUUGAAGUUGACUCGAAUAAAAAGGGCAAAGGCUGGCCCAAAAAAGGAGCCAAGGGAAAGGAGCCUGCACAGAGAAAAACGUCCACAAAGAGUAAAAGCAGACCGUCUCUGACCCUGACCCAGAUGGUGGACAAGGAAGUGACAGAGGAAGCAGCAGUGAUGGGCAGCAGCAUAGACGAGCUGUUGAAGAACGAAGGCGAGGAAGAACAACUGAAUCUAGAUUUGUCAUCCGAUGCUUACUACGGUGUCCUGAAGGAGCCGCUGACUGUCAUCCACCCACUGAAAGGCUGCACUGACCCCCACAGCUUGACGCGCGUGCUUCACGAGGUGGAACCCAGUUUUGUGGUGCUGUACGAUGCUGAAGUGAGUUUUGUUCGGCAGCUGGAGAUCUACAAAGCUAGCCGACCUGGAAAGCCACUUAGGGUGUAUUUCCUCAUCUAUGGAGGCUCAACAGAAGAACAGAAGUACCUGACGACACUGUCUAAGGAAAAGAAGGCCUUUGAACACUUAAUCAGAGAAAAAGCUACUAUGGUCAUCCCAGAGGAGAGGGAGGGACGAGAAGACACCAACCUGGACCUUGCUAGAAAUUUAGAGCCUGCAAAUGCCACCACCAACACGCACAAAGCAGGAGGCCAGGAGCAGCCCAAAGAGCCCUCACGAGUCAUUGUGGACAUGCGUGAGUUCCGCAGUGAACUCCCCUCCUUGCUGCACCGCCGUGGACUGGACAUCGAACCCGUCACACUAGAAGUAGGUGACUACAUCCUGACCCCAGACACAUGCGUGGAGCGCAAGAGCGUCAGUGAUCUGAUUGGCUCUUUGCAGAGCGGUCGUCUCUACACCCAGUGUCUCUCCAUGACCCGCUACUACAGGAAGCCAGUGCUGCUCAUUGAGUUUGACCCAGCUAAGCCGUUUUCCUUAAUGGCCCGAUCAGAUUUUCGUCAUGAGAUAUCAUCUAAUGACAUUUCUUCAAAACUCACUUUGCUUACUUUGCAUUUCCCCCGGCUCCGUAUACUCUGGUGCCCCUCCCCACAUGCCACAGCUGAACUCUUCUUGGAACUGAAGCAGGGCCGCCCCGAACCUGAUGCUACAGCAGCUCAGGCGGUCACAGCUGAGUCAGAUGUGGUGGCUGAGUCAGCAGGCCUCUACAACCCCGGGCCCUAUGACUUCCUGUUAAAAAUGCCAGGAGUCAAUACAAAAAACUAUAGCGCUUUGAUAAGAAAUGCUGACAGCCUGGCAGAUUUAGCCAAACUCAGCCAGGACAAACUAUCAGAAAUACUCGGAAAUGCUCACAAUGCUAAGUUGCUGUAUGAAUUUCUGCAUAAUGUUGCAAAUGUUCCUGCUCCCAUGCAGAAGGCCAAACAGAAGCUAUAGGGAUAAAAGCAGGGAUUCUGAUUUAUCUGUAUGUAUAGAUUUUUUUCUUAACAUCAGGAUCAGCCCUGCGUUGUACAGCUGGAUGAAAAGGAGGGAAUUCACACCAUGGAUUUGUACAGUAUUAGUCUUUGUCUAAACAAAGUCUAAGUGGAAUGCGUAUAUAUUAAUGUGCAGAAUGAACUGAAAUAAUGUUGGGUUUUCUAUUGUAUUUUGGAAACUAUGCUGUUAAUGUGUGCAAGAUGUGGAACUUUUAUUAUAUUCUUGA